UGACAUGAAGUGAAGUGAACGUGUGUGUUUAUUGUGAAAAAUCGAAGCAUCCCAAGCGUCUCUUCGGUUUCUUCCCUCUUUGUGUAAGUAAGUGUAUGCGAGUGUGUCGGUGUGAGUGAGCUCCACGGUAUUCACAUCUGGACCCCAAAGCCGAUUGAGGAACCCGAUAUCGCCCCGUCCUUGAUUUUUCCGAUUGCUUCUCGAUCAUGGCGAGCACCGGCCCUUCCGCGGCUCGCGCCUUCGAGGAUGAUUUGGCCAACGUGGAAUUCGAGACGAGCGAGGAUGUGGACGUGAUCCCCACCUUUGAUUCCAUGGCCUUGCGCGAGGAUCUGCUUCGUGGAGUCUAUGCCUAUGGUUUCGAGAAGCCCUCAGCUAUUCAACAGCGAGCCAUCAAGCCCAUUUUGAAGGGACGUGACGUGAUCGCUCAGGCCCAAUCCGGAACGGGCAAAACCGCCACGUUCUCCAUCUCGAUCCUGCAAUCGAUUGACACGACCGUGCGAGAGACCCAAGUGUUGGUGCUCUCGCCCACCCGCGAGUUGGCCGUCCAGAUCCAAAAGGUCAUCCUUGCCUUAGGCGAUUAUAUGAAUGUCCAGUGUCAUGCUUGUAUCGGUGGCACAAACCUGGGUGAGGACAUCCGCAAGUUGGACUACGGCCAACACGUGGUCUCAGGCACACCGGGUCGAGUCUUUGACAUGAUCCGCCGUCGCACCUUGCGCACCCGUGGUAUCAAGAUGCUUGUUCUAGAUGAAGCCGACGAGAUGCUGAAUAAGGGAUUCAAAGAACAAAUUUACGAUGUUUAUCGCUACCUCCCACCCUCAACUCAGGUGUGUCUCAUCUCGGCCACCUUACCCCACGAGAUCUUGGAAAUGACCUCCAAAUUUAUGACGGAUCCCAUUCGCAUUUUGGUCAAGCGUGACGAGUUGACACUGGAAGGUAUCAAGCAAUUCUUCGUAGCCGUCGAGCGCGAGGAAUGGAAAUUCGACACCCUCUGCGACUUGUACGAUACUCUUACGAUCACUCAAGCCGUGAUCUUUUGCAACACGAAACGCAAAGUCGAUUGGCUGACAGAGAAGAUGCGUGAAGCCAAUUUCACGGUGAGUGCCAUGCACGGGGAUAUGCCGCAAAAAGAGCGAGAUGCGAUCAUGAAGGAGUUCCGCGGCGGCCAAUCUCGUGUUCUCAUCACCACCGAUGUUUGGGCUCGUGGCAUCGAUGUGCAGCAAGUGUCGUUGGUCAUUAAUUACGAUCUGCCCAACAAUCGUGAGUUGUACAUUCACCGGAUUGGCCGCUCGGGUCGAUUCGGUCGCAAGGGUGUGGCCAUCAACUUCGUCAAGAACGACGACAUCCGGAUUCUACGAGAUAUCGAACAGUACUACUCUACGCAAAUCGACGAGAUGCCCAUGAAUGUGGCCGAUCUGAUAUGAUUUAGCUUCGAAUUGUCUCGCGAGUAUUCGAAAAUUCAUUAAAUAAUUUCCCGUGCCUGUUUGUGUGUUUACUACAAUGAAUAAAGAUGUCAGUGCGGA